GUUCCGAUUGUUCAUUUGGGUGUAGUUCUUUUGUAUGAUUGUUUUUUACUGCUUUAAAUAUUCUUUUUAUUUGGGAUGUAAAGAAUAAAGCUGUAUAGUUUUUACAACAUGGAUAGAGCAAAUGCCUUUUGGCUGUUCUUCUACAAACAGCUCAUGGUAUUGCGAUUCCGUUACAAAAGUAUUGGAUUCAUUUUGGUCGUCUGUUUUGGAUUGCAAUACUUACUUCUUCGUUUCAUGUACCAGCCUAUACAGCCCUUAAUGGAGUUUUACAGUCCUUCUAGCCCGGAAACAUUGCUAAAUGGUUGCUUCUUCGAUGUUGAUCAAACUUUCUUUGCUCCCGAUACAGCGGAAGUCAUUUCGUUCAUGGAAGAGAAGUGCGGUUCUCCCUUGGAGAUGAAAGGAUUCUCCCAUACCGAAGCAAUGGUGAAAACUAUUGAGGAAUGUAAAGACAGUUGUGUUGGUGUACAAUUUAAAUUUCCCAUUGAAGGAAAUAAAACAACACCUUCAUUAGAAUAUAUCAUCUAUACGAAUCGCAUGAAACUCCAUCCCGAACAUCGCUAUGUAACAGACAGCUUGGACAGUUCAUUCAGUCAAUCAAGCGAAUAUUCACACUUUAUAAAACUUCAACAUUCAAUUGAUUUGGAUUACAUAUCGCAAAUAACAAAUAUGCAGCCGGAAAUAACAGUACAAAUUGGAUCAAUGCCCUAUAUGCGUGGAGGAUACUUUCAAAAUGAAGCUGGAAUCACAUUUGGAUACCUUUUUCCAAUAUUUUUUCUAAUUCUAUUAGAGAGCACAUUCUUUGUACCAUUAGUAGAGGAGAAGCAAGACGGUUUAAAAGAGUUUUUGGUUAUCGCAACCCCAUUGUCGUAUUUAAACGGAAUUUCCUUUUAUGUGGUGCGUUUAAUAGUAUAUACGAUGUAUUCAAUAUCUGUAUUAGUUGUAGCUGGUAAAUAUAACGCUUUAGGUAUAAUACCAGAAUUUUUGGUAUUUAUAUUGGCCGUCCUGUUCAUGCUUGCGAUGAUGUCCUAUACGUAUUUGAUAUCUGUAUUUUUCAAUACAGUUUUCUACGCCAAAACAUUUGGUUUUCCUCUAUUAAUCGCACCAUUAGCAUUUAAAUUUAUAUCAAAUAGCGUAGGUAGAGCUGACGUAUAUUUGUUUACUCUGAAUGCCUUCACAGAAGCUUGGAAUACCUUUCAAAUCGUAGGAAAUAAAUAUGAAAAAUUUGAAAUCUUUAAUCUACAUAAAAAAAUAACUGCUUCUUCGUUCAGCAUAUGUCAAAUCUAUAUAAUACUUGUAGCGCAGACAAUCGUCUACUCACUAUUAUAUAUAUAUUUAGCUCAUAUUUUUCCUGGCCCAGGUGGCAUAAAAAAAUCAUACUUGUUCUUUUUAGAGAAAAAAUUUUGGAAGAAAGCUGAAUUCAACGAAUAUAUUACAAGCUCCAAUUGUUCAGACGCCAUUAUAAUACAAAAUUUGCAAAAGCAAUUCAAUGCUAGUGGGCGCAAAAUUGUAAUAGCCGAUCGUUUAAAUAUGACUAUUAAAAAUAGACAAAUAACAGUUUUAUUAGGUCAUAAUGGUGCAGGAAAAACCACAACCAUUAAUAUGAUAAUGGGUUUGGUGACAAAGGAUGGCGGGAGAAUUUCGGUUUGCAGUGAACGUGAUGUUUCAUGUUAUAGACAUUUAAUCGGAUACUGCCCACAGAACAGUAUUUACAUGCAGUAUAUGACGUGUAAGGAACAUUUGAUUUUCUUUGCGAAGCUAAGAGGUUUGGGACAUCAGGAGGCUCAAACAUUAGCUAACAAAUUAUUGAAAGAACUAAAUCUUAAAGAAAAAGCUAAUGAAUAUGGUAAAAGUCUUUCGGGUGGUAUGAAACGCCGCCUUUCACUGGGUAUUGCUAUUGCAGGAGACACCAAAAUUGUGGUAUUGGAUGAACCAUCUUCAGGUUUGGAUAUUCAGUCUCGGCGAGAACUGUGGGAUAUUCUGUUGGAGCUACGUAAAACCAAGGCAAUUCUAAUAACUACUCAUCACAUGGAGGAAGCAGAAGUUCUGGGAGACACCAUAAAUAUUUUGUCAAAUGGUCGCCUGCAAUUGACUGGUUCUCCUUUGGAAUUGAAACGGAAAGUUGGAAGUGGAUACAUCUUGAAAUUAUGUGUCAAUCCUAGCCAGUAUAAUGAAGACGAGUGUUUAGAACUUAUAAAAUUUCACGUGCCAUCGGCUAGCAUUAUGAACAUUGUUCCACCCACCAUAUCAAUAACUUUGCCAUAUGACUACAAAAGUAAUUAUUCCAAAUUGCUAAAAGAACUAGAAAGACAGCACAUCGAGUUGGGUAUUAACACUAUAUCUAUAACAGACACUACCUUAGAAGAUGUAUUUCUCAAUUCUGCACCCAGAGGUAAUGAAGAUGAGGUUGAUGGAGCCGUUAAUUGUCGUGGAGGAACAACAGUUAGAGUACCUUAUCAACGUUUGGAUUCAUUAAAAAAUGUUUAUUGGUAUCAGCAAUUUGCGGCAGUUGCAUAUAAAAAAUUGCUAUUUUUGAAGAACGAUUGGAUAUUAGCUUUGUUUUUAAUAACAAUACCAUUUUUAUUGACGACAUUAGCUAUUAUCAUAAUACAUUCUUCGACGAUUCUUAAUUUUGGUACUGGACUUAAAUUAUCAUUAGAUCAUUAUGAAAAUGGCAGGAUUUAUGUAAGCACUCCAAGUGAUGCUACUUCGGGCGUGGUAAAGUUCACAAAUCUUUUGAGACAACAAAUUAAAAUGCAUCCCGGAAUAGAAGUUAAACAUUUGACACUAAACUCCACAUUCAAUAUCGAAGAUGAAUUAAUUGAAAUUAUGAAAGGAGAUUUUUUUAAUUUUCAACAAAACGUAAUUGGCACCAUACACAUAAGUGGGGAAAGUUUUCCAAUCGUGAGCAUAUUGUAUUCUACAAACAUGUUUCAUAGUCCAGCAAUACUUACAAACUUAGUGGACAAUGUAAUAUAUAUGUGGAACACUAAUAAUAAUAAUGAAAUCUUGAAGACAACAUAUGCACCUGUAACUAUUCAAAAUUCCUCUGCUGGUUCUUUACAAUUAGCGUAUUAUGCUACGUUUGUUCCAAUGGGUGUAUUUAUGAUGAUAUUCUACUUUGCCAUAUUGCCUUUUAAGGAAAAUCGAAGUGGAUUUAAACGAUUGCAAGCUACAUCGUCUAUUGUGUACUGGUCUAGCAAUUUAAUUUUCGAUUUGAUUCUUUUGUUUCUCGUUUGCUGCUGUCUUUUUACUUAUCAAACAUUAAUUAUGCCCGAUGAAUUGUAUAAUAUUAGUGAUUUAUAUAGAAUUGUUUCAGCUAUAUUCUUUUACGGUCUAACAUAUCUACCGUUACUAUAUUGUCUUACUAAUAUUGUAACCACUAUGUCAGCUUUGUCUACUUGUUUGGUAGCUCUUUAUUACGCCUCAAUAAUCCCCACAUUGAUUCUAUCAACAUCUGUUGGAGAUAUGAUCAAGUACGAAAAUUAUAUAACAUUCCUACGAAUUUUACCUGACUUUAAUUUAUGCCACCAAUUACGUGUUAUUAAUGAGCGUUUUAUAAAUAAUCGAGCUGACCACAUACCAGAAGAAAUUCGCAAUGAACUAAACAACAAAAAUUUUCUACAAUUGGGUACUUUCUACAUCUACGUGUUUCUACUAUUUCCACUUCUUAUGUGCAUAUUCCUAUUCGUUGUGGAAAACAACAGACGUCGACACAAAAUUAGUAGCGCUUUUAAAAUAAACCUGUUUAAAACCAAACCAUCAAGAGAUAAUAGUGACAACGAACAAGAUCGAUUUAUACAAGAAGAAAAGUCGACUGUUGAAAAAAUUAUCAAGGAUAAUGUGGAAACAGAAUAUCCUUUAUUGGUUAAAGAUGUGUACAAAAAAUACAAUGAAAAAGUUACCGUGAAUGAUUUAAAUUUUGUUGUUCGCAAGCAAGAAUGUUUUGGACUUCUUGGAGUUAAUGGCGCCGGAAAAACGACAACUUUUGAAAUGAUUGCAGCGAAUCAAGUUAUUACCUCUGGAACUAUAAAAAUUGAUGGUGUUGAUAUAGCGCAAAAUGAGUCGGAGUAUCGUUACCGAUUUGGUUACUGCCCACAAAACGAAAGUCUUAAUGAAUUUAUGACGGCUUAUCAAACCCUUAAGUAUAUGGCUUUAUUACGAGGAAUAAAAUACCAACACGUUCAUGACGAAGUCAUGUAUUGGAUAGAAAAGUUGGAUUUAAUGGAUUUCAAAAAUGUUGACGUAAAACAUUAUUCGGGAGGAACAAAAAGAAAGCUGCAGACUGCUGCUGCCAUGAUUGGCAGUCCAUCAUUAGUACUAUUAGACGAACCAACAACUGGUGUUGAUCCUAUAUCUCGGCGUUUUCUCUGGAAAACAAUACAGGAUUUUCAAAAGCGAGACAAAACCAUCGUACUUACAUCUCACAGCAUGGACGAAUGCGAACAUCUGUGUAAUCGACUAGCCAUAAUGGCCGAGGGGCAGUUUAAAUGUCUGGGGCACGUACCCGAACUUAAACAGUUGUAUGGUGCCGGAUUCACUAUAAGCAUAAAAUUGCGAACAAAUGAAGCAACAGAUAUUGAAGUUCAGACUGUAACACAUCAUUUAAAAGAAAUAUUUCCACAUUGUAAACUACGAGAGAGCCAUGCCGGAAUUUUAACUUACUUCAUUAAAUCAUUCGAUAUAAUAGCAUGGUCUGAUGUUUUUUCUAGAUGUGCUCAAUUCCAAAAUAUUGCCGGCGAUUUUGUAGAGGAAUAUUCAGUAAAUGAAACAACAUUGGAAGAUAUAUUUUUGAAGUAUGAAAAAUAUCACGAAAGACAAAGCAACAGCAAUGGCCAAGUAAAUGUGAGCGAUUCACCAGUCUAAUUAUCAACGUGAAACUAAGAAGGUCUGCAUUAAAAAUAUGCCAAUUACAAAAUAAUUGUAUUUAUUUCCAUAACAUAUAUAUGAUUGACAAUUAAUGUCAAACUUAAUAUCAAACUAAUUAAAUUGCGUAAAAAGACCUACAUUUUAUAGACAUUUUUCUAGUACGUAUUAUCUUAAUAUAAGGUCUUUAUAAGAAAUCUCAAACAUGUAAGACAUUUGUUUAUAAUCAUCAUUUAUGUCUAAAGUGCUUUAUACACACUUUUAUGACCACAUUUAUUGACAUUAACAAACGCAAAUAUACUUUUUUAUUCGAAUAUACAAAAAACUACUGGUAAAUGUGCAAAAUGACUAAAACCAUGUGGUAUAUAUGCAUAUUCAACAUACUGUUAAAAAUUCCAAUACCGAAAAAUAACAAAAAAUAAUUGUCAAAAGCUUAAAAUGUAUUCAUCAUUAUUUCAAUAAUUUAAAAAAUUGGCCCUGCAGUUGAUGUUUUUUACAUAUAUAUGCGGCUAACGAAACCGCUUUUAUUUAUUUACAUAUUUUAAUUUUGCACUAAAAAGUAGAAAAGAUUCUUCAAAUGUAUCUGUUGAUAUUACGUCCAGGUUCACAAUAUUUUAGACUAACCAUUGGCAUUCAAUAAGCUACAACGAGAAUUGAAUCAACCCUUAAUUGUGAACUGAAGUAAGUAAGCGUUCAUAAAAAUUUGCAUUUAUUGGUAAAUGUAGAACAUACAUUCUGAUUUUAUAACAAAUGUAUUUGGAGUGACAAACAAAUUUGAUCUAUGAUAUUCUUCUUUUAUUAUUAUUAUUAUUUAUUUAUUUAUUUUUUUUUUUUUUUUGUUAAAUAAGCGUUUUGGUGUUGCUUGUUAUUUGGAUCAUGGAAGUAUGUUGAUUUGAUGCACAAUUUCACGGAUAUAAGAGAAAUAAAAAUCAUCAUAACAACAAACAAACUUUUUUCAAUGUAGUCGUGAAAUUAAUUUCAAUUAAUUUAUAAUAUAUAUAUUUUUUUGUAAGACAUAAAACUUUAAAUAUUAUUAAUUAAUUAUAAUUACCAGCAUACUUCUUUCACCUUUCGGUUUUAUAUCUAAUGCAGUUAACAAUUAUAAAUCUAAAAAAAAAUAACAAAUGUAAAUUCUAUACAACAUUUCUGACGAGGGUUAUUAAACAAACCACAUGAACAUAUAAACAUAAAAGUAUAGCAAAUUAUACUUUUCGAUUAUACUUAUAAUUAUCUAUUAGAUAAAGGACGUGAACAAAAUAUAGAUUUCAUUGUGUUAUAGAAUUUAUAACGUAUACCUACCUAUAUUUUAACAUCUCUUAUUCAUAAAAACAUUUAUAGAAUAUUAUUUAUUCCAUUCCUAUUUAUUAAUUUCAUUGUAUAUUUUAUAUGCUUAAAUAAAAAUAAUGUAAAACCAUUUAAAUAAUAAACAUUUAAACUUAAUAACUUAUUGAAAAGAGGUGCAGCUGUACUAAUGUACUGUACCAAACCAAUUGACAUCUCUUGAAACAAAUCCGUUCAUCGAAAGUCUUGUCUCUAAUCUCUAGACUUGUUAGCGAGGACUGAAUUACUUUAGUGCAAUGAUGCACAGGAUGCAGCUGCACCCACUGUAACCCUGUUCUUAAUUGAGUUAUAAAUCUAAAUAAAAAGGAUUAUAUGCUGAAAUCAUGUACAACUUUAUUAAAAAUAAUUCCAUUAACAAUCAUA